GGCACAGGAUGAUAUGAACGGAAAAACGGAUGAACAGCGUCGAUUAAAAAAAAUCAGUUGGCGCUGAUAUAAGUUACCAAACGAUGACAGAACUUGCGAAGUGGUUACGUUACUGCGAUAAUAUUACUGAGUAUCCGGUGUAUGUGAUGUGACAUCGCAUACAAUUUUAUGAACUAGCUGCAUAUGCUGAGGCGUGAAAAACAACACAAUAAGAAUGGCAUAUUCUUAUAUCAUAGAAGAAGUACCUCCCGACGACAUUCUCAGCGUGAAGCACGAUAUCCGUCGCGCGAAACUAUUUCUUCAGAAACACAGCACGAAAUCGGGUGACAGUUUAUAUGACCAUUUAAUCGAGCUUUUGGCAAAAAUAUUGGCUGAACGGCCACCAAACGUUGUUGAUAUUUUUGAAGAAUACAGUAGAAAAUUGAAAGAGGAGAGAUUUAAAAUUAAGACGGAUUAUCUUCGAGAUUUAUACAUACCACUCGUGCAAUACGACGAUGCCAAGAAGCUCAUUAAGCUUUUUCAGGAUGUAAAACAGAUUAACAAAGACGAACAGGAGAGAAUAGAGGAUGAAGAGCAAAAUGAUAACAAAAAGAAACUUCCCAACCUGUUGGAUCUUUUAUUUUACUUUGAGCAGACGGGUGUAGGAUUGCCGCGAUAUGAAAUAGUGUCGCUUAAUUUAUCGAUUCGGAAAUUUGCCUCAACAAUGCCGCUUGAAAAUAUUAGAUUUUGGGGUAAAAUACUUGGAAAACCUAAAAAUUAUUAUAUAUUGGAAGCUGAACUUCAAGCAGAUGAACUUGCUCGAAGAUUAGAGCAAGAAAAACAUGAAGUACAAUCUAAAAGAGAAAAGGAGAAAGUCGAAGUUAAAACAGCAACAAAACUCACGGAGGAAGAAACAAAAACUCAGAAGAAAGACAUGGAGAGAAUUGUCAAAACAACGAGAAGUUCACGUAAGGAUAAAAAAUCAGAAGGGAAGCCUUUGGAACUUAUCUUUCCAUCGUUACCUGUUAAUCCGUGGACACCAUUGCCGAAAAUACCGAUCGAGAGAAUCGGAAGCGGCCUCAAUAAAAAAGUGUAUUUUGUAUGCAACACGCCUGGAGUGGACGAGUGGAUCGAACUUCCAACGGUUACACCACAGCAGAUAGUAAUUGCACGACAGAUUGUUCGAUACUGUACGGGAAACUUGGAAACACCGAUUCACAGUUUUCCACCAUUUUCUGGUACCGAACAAAAUUAUCUUCGCGCACAAAUUGCAAGGAUCAGUGCUACUACUCACGUUUCGCCGAUUGGCUUUUUCACAUUCAGUGGAGAAGACGAGAAUGAAGAGACAGAAGAAGAAAGAAAAAAAAUCUAUACAGAAGACGAAUUAUUAGAAAACAUGAAUUAUGAUCCACUGCCGACGAAGGAUCUUGUAGAUCCCUCCAUGUCAAAUUGGUGUCAUCAUAGUCCAUAUAUUCUUAAGCAAGGACGUACUGUCUGGUGGAAUCCUAAGGAGGAAAAUAUUGUCGACAAAGUAUUUGAAGAAGAAGAAGAAGAGGAGGAAGAAGAAGAAGACAUAAGAACAGAUGAAGUAAAGAUGAUGGAGAAAGAGAUCGGACCACCCCUCUUAAUUCCUUUAUCUGAAGAUGCUAUUAUUGACUCCGUGAUACCAUGGACUGUUAGACAGUCGUCAUAUAUACAAUCAGAUGUUGCAAUAGCUUUAAUUAGGUCGAAUAUCUGGCCUGGAGCGUUCGCAUUCGCGGUAGGAAGACGUUUUGCUACUAUGUACAUCGGCUGGGGUCAAAAAUACAAUUCGUAUAAUUAUAGUCCUUCUCAUGUGCCACUUGUUCAAGAUCAGUACAAAAUUGGACCAGAAAUUAUGGAAAUUUGUGAUCCUACUGUCAAAGAAGAAGAAGCAUAUCAAUUAAUGCGUUUGCCACCAACAUUACCAAUAGUGCACUAG